AUGGCAUCUGGUCCCAGCAUGGAGGCUCCCAUCUGUCUAGUGGAAAAUGAGAAUGAAGAGCUGAGGGUGAAUCCUGAAGCAGUAAUCAUUCUUGAGAAAAUUACUCAGCCUGUUGUAGUGGUGGCCAUUGUAGGACUGUAUCGUACAGGGAAGUCCUACCUGAUGAACCGCUUGGCAGGAAAGAACCACGGCUUCAAUCUGGGCACCACAGUAAGGUCUGAAACUAAGGGCAUCUGGAUGUGGUGUGUGCCUCACCCCACCAAGGCAAAAUUCACCCUUGUGCUUCUAGACACAGAGGGUCUAGGUGAUGUGGAAAAGGGUGACCCUAAGAAUGACUCAUGGAUCUUUGCCCUGGCUGUGCUCCUAAGCAGCACCUUUGUCUACAACAGCAUGAACACCAUCAACCACCAGGCCCUGGAGCAGUUGCACUAUGUGACUGAACUCACCGAGCUGAUCAGAGCAAAAUCCUCUUCACAAUCUGAAGAAAUGGAUGAUUCUGAUGAGUUUGUGAGCUUCUUCCCGGACUUUGUCUGGACUGUUCGGGAUUUCACUCUGGAGCUGAAGUUAGAUGGACGCGCCAUCACAGCGGAUGAGUACCUGGAGAAUGCCCUGAAGCUGAUUCCAGGCAGGAGUCGCAAAAUCCAAAAUGCUAACAUGCCUAGGGAAUGCAUCAGGCAUUUCUUUCCACAACGGAAAUGUUUUGUCUUUGAUCGCCCUACAAAAGAGACAGACCUCUUAGUCCAUGUUGAGGAAAUACCAGAAGACGAGUUGGAUCCCAAUUUCCAAGUGCAAUCGAAAGAAUUCUGUUCAUACAUCUUCUCUAAUGCAAAGACCAAGACCUUGAAAGAGGGAAUCAUUGUCAAUGGAAACAGACUGGCAACUCUGGUGACGACCUAUGUGGAUGCCAUCAAUAGUGGAGCAGUGCCUUGCUUGGAGAAUGCAGUGACCACUCUGGCCCAGCGUGAGAACUCCAUAGCUGUGCAGAAGGCAACUGACCACUACACUGAACGGAUGGCCCAGCUAGUGAGGCUCCCCACAAACACACUCCAGGAUCUGCUCAGUGUGCACACAGCCUGUGAGAAGGAAGCCAUUGCUGUCUUUAUGGAGCACUCCUUCAAGGAUGAAAAUCAGCAGUUCCAGAAUAACCUGAUGGUUGCCAUAGAGGAACAUAAGGAAGAUUUCCUUCGACAGAAUGAAGCAGCAUCUCUCAGUUACUGCCAGGCUGAGCUGGAGAAGCUUGCAGAGCCCCUGAGGGAGAGCAUCUCACGUGGAGCUUUCUUUGUUCCUGGUGGGCACAGACUCUACUUAGAGGCCAGGAAGAAGGUGGAGCAGAACUAUGAGCUAGUGCCCAGGAAGGGAGUGAAGGCAAAACAUGUCCUUCAGAGCUUCCUACAGUCACAGGUUACUAUAGAGGACUCCAUCCUGCAGUCAGACAAAGCCCUCACUGAUGGGCAGAAGGCCAUGGAAGCUGAGCGGGCACAGAAGGAGGCAGCAGAACAGGAGCAGGAGCUACUAAGACAGAAACAGAAAGAACUGCAGCAAGUGAUAGAAUCUCAAGAGAGAAGCUACAAGGAAAAUAUGGACCAACUACAUAAGAAGAUGGAGACCGAAAGGAAGAAUCUUUUGACAGAACAAGAGGAGAUGCUAGCACACAAGUUGAAGGUCCAAGAAUACAUGCUUAACGCGGGAUUUAAAGAGAAACAUGAUGCAAUGGAUUCAGAGAUAAGCCAACUACGAAAAGAGAUUAAAAACCUUAAGAAUCUGAGUAGCUCGUUAUAUACAGAAGUCUUUGAUGAGGUUGGAAAUGUGUUAAUUGCAGCAUUACCUGGUACUAGUAAGUUACUUGGUGUAGGGUUAAAAAUUCUAUCCAAGAAAAUUAAAGCGUCAAAGAAUUCUUCUUAG